ACCGGGGUGGGGAAGGCAAAGGGCUGCGAAAAAGCGCGCGUUCUCCGCGUUUACUGGCUCCUGUGGUCCCCCCGCCCAUGUUCUCCGCAGCCGCGUGGUAUAAAAUAGGGUCUCCCCCUCCCCGCGCCCGUCAGGCAGGAGAGACCCGAAUGGAAAGGCGCCUGACGGGUGCGCGAGGAGCAGGACUGCAGACAUGGAGCUCGGCCCAAAUACUUGGUGGCAUGCUGAAGACCCCGAUGAGAAGCAAGCAAAAAGGCAGAAGCUUGGUAUUUUUGAAACACUGCAUCAGGGGAUUGCCUCUCUAAUUAAACUACCAUCCCAUCUGACAACUAAGUAUUUUCAGACUGGAGAUUGGCAUGCAGAAACUACAGACGAGAUUAUUUCAAAUGGAUCUGGUAAUUCAGAUGAUAAGAAGAUGGAACCUUUCUCUGGGAUGCAGAAGCUUGAAUUGGAUACAAAAACUGGUUGCAGUACCAGUAUGCAUCCAAAUGAAGAGAUGGUAACUGAUUGUCACAGAGUUAAAACCUGUCUGAGGCAUGAAUGUAGUGUCAAAAAGAGUAGCAAGAAAAGCCCUAAUUCGGUUCAAGAGGGCUUGCCAGCAUGGAAAAUUGCUACCCACAAGCAUUUCUUAGAAACUUCCCCUCUAGAAACUGGAAGACAUCUAAGGAAGCUUCACUGUACGGUGGAAGAGGCAAUACAGAGAGAGGAGCGAGAAAAAUACAAACAGCUGCUGGAACAAGAAAAAGAAAAAUGCUAUAAAAACCACUCCUCUCCCACAGGAGCCAAGUGCUUGGAUGUCCAGCGUGAAGUCCAUCAGCCGCUAAAAUCUCAUUGCUGUGUAGAAAUCGAUGACCCUUCAUUUGACACACCAAGAAAUGGUGUCAAAAACUUUGGCUUCCUGUGCCCUCAAAGAGCAGCAAACAGUUCAGUGACAGUAGCAGAAAGAACUCCAGAACCUAAAAAGUUAGUAGUACAUAAAAAAGAGAGUUUAAAGCAUUGCUUGACAAAUGAUCUAUCAGAGGAUGUGUCACUUAGGUUAAGCCUGGGUCAGGAAGAAUCAUCAUAUGGAAGGCAUUCUGUAGUUGAGACAGAAGAACAGAAAUAUCUGAGCUUGGACAAGGCUACAGAGAGCCUUCCUUACCUUACAGAGGAUAUGGAGAGAGAGAUAGCGAAUGUGCUGAACUGUGGCGAAGACGACGAAAUCCUGACUAGUGCCUUCAAGCUGAACAUUACACGUGGAGACAUCCAGAGACUAAGAGACCAGCAGUGGCUCAAUGAUGUGGUUAUUAACUUCUAUAUGAACCUUCUGAUGGAGAGAAAUAAACAACUGGGCUUUCCAGUACUGUAUGCGUUUAAUACUUUUUUCUACCCCAAGCUAAGUUCUGAGGGCUAUAAUGGGGUCAGAAGAUGGACCAAGCAAGUGGACUUGUUUCAGCAUGAUAUAAUCUUAGUGCCCAUUCAUAUCAGAGUACAUUGGGCAUUAGUGGUUAUAGACAUGAGGAGAGAGACCAUCAAAUAUUUUGAUUCAAUGGGACAAGAUGGCCAUGUGAUAUGUAAGAGAUUGCUGCAUUUUCUGCAGGAAGAAAGCAAAGCCAGGAGAAACAUAGUCAUAAAAGCUUCAUCAUGGACACUUCACAGUAUGGAACCACAUGAAAUUCCACAGCAGUUGAACGGCAGUGACUGUGGAAUGUUUGCUUGUAAAUAUGCAGACUUCAUCUCCAGGGAUAAACCCAUUUCAUUUACACAGCGUCACAUGCCUUACUACCGCAAAAGGAUGGCAUGGGAGAUACUUCACCAGAGAUUGCUGUGACACCAUCUCAAAGUAUCCUCUUUCCUGAUCCCCGUUCAGAGAUAGGAGGUAUGCAGACGUGUCGUUCCAAACCCAAGUACUUAGUUCUGAAUUUCCAUCCAAAGGGCUGAAGCGUGGAUUAAGAAAGGGAUUCUGCAGAAUCAGCUUAAUGGUACCAGAGUAGUGAAAGACUGUUAAAGAAAAGCGGCCCGACAGUUCAAUAUUGGAUAAACAAUGAGCAACCUCAGUGACGUGAAGAUGGAAAAUUGCCAUCUUCCCAACGGCUGUACAUUACGUACUAUAAUUUCAAGGCACUGACUCUAAUCAGGAAAUAUGCUAUGAGCUCGUAUGUCAGUUCCCAGCUCCAUUUUUAGGUUAGCCUCACCAGUUUGCCAGCACAUCCCUCCUAGGCAAACUACGGUUAGAAACACUUCCAAGAUGGAGUAAGGAAGGGGUGUGCAAUUGUGGGUG